AUGAAUACCAACCACAACAACUGUUACAUCUCUCCACUCUCUGAUAAUCAAAACAAACCCAUCAUUCAUGAAUUCGAUUUUUUCUCUCUAAAUAAUACCAACCAUGCCUCUACUUCUGCACCUCCCUAUCAACAUCACACCCCUUCAUCUCCCACUGAAAUCAAAGUAAAUACUAGUUUGAAUCUUCUUACGACAAAUACAAGCAGUGAUGAAUCCAAGGUUGAAGCUAACACAUCAACUAAUUCAGAAGACAAAAGAGAUAACCUUGAGCUUGAUGUUCUUCAAGCCGAGCUCGAGAGAAAGAAAGCGGAGAAUCAGCAUUUGAGAAACAUGUUUGAUGAGGCCAAGAUGCAUUACGAGCAUUUGUUGAGUUUGAUGCAGGAGAGAAAGGUGAGAAAGGUGGAGGAUGGUAAAGAAGAGGAACAAGAAGAGAAACCAAAUGGGAAUAGCGGAGUUUUGAUUCAAAGGCAAAAUGUGGAUGAGGAAGGUUCUAACGAUGAUGAAGAACUUGUCUUUGAUCAUGAUAAAGAGGAAUCUGAUCACGGAAAUCAAGUUGUAGCUGCUAAUAAUAAUAAUGCUAAUAAUGUUUCAAAUUUUAGUCCUCAAACUCAUGUAGAAGAAGCUGAGGCAACAAUGAGGAAAGCCAAAGUUUCCGUUCGAGUUCGGUCGGAGGCUAAUAUGAUCAAUGAUGGUUGUCAAUGGAGAAAGUAUGGACAGAAAAUGGCGAAAGGAAAUCCGUUUCCUCGAGCUUAUUAUCGAUGCACCAUGGCUUUAAAUUGUCCAGUGAAAAAACAGGUACAAAGGUGGGCCGAGGACAAAUCAAUAUUGGUAAUAACAUACGAAGGAAAUCACAACCAUGCCUUGCCACCGGCGGCUAUGGAAAUGGUACGCCAAACAUCAUCAGCUGCAAGAAUGCUACUAUCAGGGCCAAUGACAAGUCCUGAUGGACUAAUGAAUCCAAAUUUUCUCACAAGAACAGUGUUUCCUUCUUCUUCAAGCAUUGCAACUAUUUCGUCGUCAGCUCCAUUUCCAACCAUUACAUUGGACUUAACUCAAUCGCCAAAUAAUCCAUUACAGUUUCCUACUCAUACGUUGUUUAAUCAGUCAAGAUUCUCAGGACUUCAAAUGUCUCAAGAUGCAGAAACUUCGCAAUCUCAACAGACAUCACAGAACCUUGCAGCUGAUCCGGACUUCGCUGCAGUUUUGGUAGCUGCUCUUACUCGCAUGAUUGGGGGUGCACAACCAAAUAAUAAUGACACAAAAACCAAUAAUAGUAAUGGCAAUGUUAUAUAA